AUGGAACAUGAAGAGUUAUAUGAUGCCCUAGACAAUUUGAGACCAUCAGAACAAGAGUUAACGCUUGAAGAUUUUGGUGAUUGUGAGUUGAAAUCCAAGCCAUAUGUCGGAAUGCAAUUUGACUCCCUUGAUGAUGUUGAAACUUUUUACAAAGAAUUUGCCAAAAAAGAAGGUUUUGGAAUCCGUAUCCGUACGAGUAAAAAAGCACCCAGAAGUGAUGAUGUAACAAGUCGUAUUUAUAGAUGCAUACGUGAGUCACCUAGUGUGGAAAAAUUUGAGGAGGCUUGGAAGAGCCUAAUAUUGACUUAUGGCUUGGAGAGAAAUGAAUGGCUUGAAGGAUUAUAUAAUAUUCGAGAGUCGUGGAUACCGGUUUACAAUAGAAAUACUUUCCUUGCAAGAAUGAACACUACCCAGAGAAGUGAAAGCAUCAAUGCGUUCUUUGACACCUUUGUUAACUCAAGAACUACAUUAAAGGAUUUUGUGGUCAAAUUUGCAAAGGCGGUGGAUAGUCGUUAUAAGAAAGAAAGGAAGGAAGACUUUGAUUCAAGACAUAAAACACCUUCUUUGGUAAUUGGCUCAAAAAUAAAGCAUCAAGUUGCUUCUAUAUACACAAGAACCAUAUUUAACAAGUUCCAAAAAGAAUUGGUGAGUAGUAAUCACUUUACAAAGGAAAAGGUUGAGAAAAAUGGAACUUUUUAUAGGUACAAAGUAACAAGUUCCUUUGAUCCAGAUGAUGCAUUUAUUGUGAAGCUGAACUUGGAAUCAAAAGUUUGUGAAUGUGACUGCCAACUUUUUGAGUUUAUGGGAAUUGUUUGUAGGCACAUGUUAUUAAUCUUCCAGGUUAAAAAUAUUUUUCAGAUUCCUAGCCACUACAUCCUACAACGUUGGACAAAAGAAGCAAAUAAAGAACUCAAAAGUGUAGAAUAUAGAUCAAGCUUUGAGGAUGAGCAUCAUAUGUCAAGAGCCUUACGAAGCAUCCAUGUUUGUCAACGUGUAAGUCAAUUGUCUUACCUUGUUGAAAAAUCUAUAGAUAUAUAUAAAAUGAUAAUCUUAGACUUAGACCAUACCCUUAAGAAAGCUUUUGGAAUGGAAAAUGAACUGCUUGAAAAUAAGGAAGAUGAUGAAAUGGAUAUGCAUCACAAGAGUGGUGAAUCAGCUGACAUUGUUGAAGUAGAAGACUGCUCUGUCAUUGUUCCUUUGAAUAUAAAAGAUCCACAUGUAUCACAAACCAAAGGUCGAAAGAAAAGUACCGAGAAACAAGGUCCUGGUGGGAGAAUUAAAGGUGGGCUUGAAAUAUCCUUAGCUCGUGCAACGACAAAAAGACUAUCUUGUCAACUUUGUGGGGGUUAUGGUCAUAAUCGUCGUACUUGUAAACAAUUUAAUGGCGAAGGAAGUGAUUACCAAGAUGAAGAAAACAUUACAGAGGUUGAUGACAAUGAUAUUGAUGAUUUAGCAUAA